CAAAACCUCAAUUUAAAUCCAGCCCUAAUCUCAGCAUCUCCAUCACCAACCUUCGUCUCCAAAACUCUCUGCUAUUCCCAAACAUUGAACAAGUUUGCGGCGAAAUUAACUCCGAUCAUCGUUCUGCAUCCACCAUCUGGAAAACUUGAAGAAACUCUGCGCGUUAAUUUACGGACGCAGCUAAUUGAAAACUGUAGGAAUGACUAAAUCGAGGUCAGAAUUGAAAGGAAAAUCUCAAGCUCCUCAAGAGGAUUCCAAGGAACCGAAAAUGGAUAUCAAGUCUAUCCUUAAAGAUAUCGAGAUUUUGGGGUCGACGCAUAUGACAUGGAAACAAAAAAAGGACUUGGAGAAUAAAAAGGUUGUAUCCCUUGGCGGAAAGCCUCUGAAGAAGCAGAGAUUACCUCUUAGUGUGGCGCGAGCAACAAUGAAGAAGCAAAAAGAAAUGGAAGAAAAAAUGUUGAAAGAGAGAGAAUUGCUCGGGAGGUUUGGAGCAUAUAGUGGCAGUAGGCCAAGAAAAGUGGAGAGGCGUCGGCCUGAAGAAAGAAUUCUGAAAUCAACAGAAGGAAAUUUCAGAAACGGUAUCCUCGAUGUGAAGCAUCUAUUACAGCCCACUGCUCCCCGAGUUGCUAAUGACCAUAGCAGGCAUGGUACAUUCAGCAAGGGUAAGAAAAAUAAAGGCGGUAAGAAAGGACACAAUAAGAAAAAGGGCUUUGGUAAUAAGAAGCGACACUAGCAAUAUCUAUCCCCAACAUAGAAUCGAAGAUACCUAUGCUAAUUAAUAAUGAUCAAUCGAGGCACAACUUAGUGAUGUAGUCCUAUAUGCUGUUGUCUGCUUCGAUGUUUUGAUGUCUGAAAACCCAUACUUUGAAAUGCUGAUUCCUGAUCGAUGUUUUGGUUGUAUAUUAUCAAUCUUCUUGUUGGUGUAAUUAAAAUUGCUGUAUUGCCUCA